AUGGCGUUGAGGGACAGUUCGGAGGGGAAGUGGCAUAGAGAAGAUGGGGUUCUUGAUGAUGGUUGGGUUCGACCGAGUAGGAAAAAGGGGCAAGAGAAGGGGUUGUGGCCAGAGACGAGGCAUUUGGAGGGAUUGAAUUGGGAGGUGUUGGUGGUGGAUGAACCUGUCAUUAAUGCAUUUUGUUUACCUGGUGGGAAGAUUGUUAUGUUUACAGGGCUGCUUCAACAUUUUAGGUUGGCUGAAGAGAUUGCAACCGUACUUGAGCAUGAAGUUGGGCAUGCUGUGGCACGACAUGCAGCUGAAAAGCUUACAAAGAACCUGUGGUUUGUUAUCCUACAAUUGGUUUUAUAUCAAUUUGUGAUGCCUGAUAUUGUCAACAUAAUGUCAAUACUAUUCCUUAGGCUUCCUUUCUCCAGGAGGAUUAAAUAUGAGCUUAUACUAGCCAGGUUUCCCAAUGUUAUGGACUUGUUUCAUAUGUUGUUAUGGAUGAAAGCAGACUACAUUGGGCUACCGUUGAUGGCUUCUGCAGGGUACGACUCUAGAGUGGCACCCAAGGUCUAUGAGAAGCUGGGGAAAAUCACAGGCGAUUCGGCUUUGAGAGAUUAUAUUUCUACUCACCCUUCCGGGAAGAAGAGAGCUCAAUUGCUGGCUCGUGCAGAAGUCAUGGAAGAAGCACUCGCCUUAUAUAGGAAGCCAUAA